GAUGAAUGUUCGUUGCAACGUUGGCAAUUAUUGCGGUUCCUCUUUAAUGGUAGGUUAAGUCAUAUUCAAGUUUGAGUUGGUCUGCGUAGGACAUAGGAAUUCUAGAAGUCCCGGGUGCCAGUACUGCUGAUCGCUACACCCGUGUGACCGUAACUCAUCGCCGCUGGCACGAUGCGGUACCGAGCCAACUUCCUGCCGCGGGCGUGCAUGGAUCUGUGCGCCACGCUCUUCCUCCUGGCGGCGAUCGGCAUCACGUUCGUCUGCGAGGUGGCGCUGGUGCUGCCCUCUCUGUCGGACGGCCCGCUCUACUGGGUCCAGGCGGCCCUGGGCGUCUUCAUCGUCUACAACAUCCUCGGCAACAUCUUCGCCGCCAUGCGUGUGGACACGUCGACGCACGGCCUGCUGCUGCCGGCCAGCCUGAAGCCCGAGUGGCGCUUCUGUUCGGCGUGCGAGGCCACGGCACCUCCGCGCUCCUGGCACUGCCCCACCUGCAACGCCUGCAUCCUCAAGCGUGACCACCACUGCAUGUUUACCGGCUACUGCGUCGGCCACUUCAACAUGCGCUACUUCCUGCUGUUCCUGGCGUACCUGGCGCUGGGCGCGCUGUACGCCACGGUGCUCAACAGCAUCUUCAUCGUGAAGGUGGUUGGCGGCUUCCAUCUGCUGUCACUGCUGCAGCUGGUCAUGCCCACCGCCAUGCUGGUGUUCGGCAUUGACGUCUCUGUCAAGCAGCUGUAUGCCUUUCUCUUCACGCUGGAUCUGGUGGGAUUCUUGUUCGUGUUCGCCAUGCUGCUGUACCACGGGGAGGGCGCCGUGAAGGGUGCCACCAACUACGAGAAGGCCCACCGCCAGUUCAAAUACAACCUUGGCUGGCGCGACAACCUGCGACAGGUGUUCGGCACGCGCUGGCGGGUAGCCUGGCUGUCGCCGACCGUGCACUCGCCGCUGCCAUCGGACGGCAUCAGCUUCCACACGACCGAACAGUGGCGGCUGGAGGGGGCCAAGCAGCGGUGAUGACCCGCCGGUGACCGACCCGUCCGCGGAUCGGCUGGGCUCGGCUGGUGACCGGCCCAUCCGCGGCUCGGCUGGUGACCGGCCCGUCUGCGGCUCGGCUGGUGACCGGCCCGUCUGCGGCUCGGCUGGUGACUGGUCCGUCCGCGGCUCGGCUGG